AUGAUCCGCCAUGAACCGGCGCAGCCCCUCGUCUGCCCAGCCAAACCUGUCGAGGGGCAGCGAGUCCCAGAGUUCAGUUCCGUGUUCCGCAAAGACGUGAUCCGUUUUACCAGUCUCGAAUCUCCCUGCCUUGGGUUUCAAAUAAUCGAUCGUUUUCGGGAUCCAUUAACAAGUUUAGUAGAUCAUCUACACAUCGAGUGUUUCCUUGACUCCGAUGCCUUCAGUAUUGAGAGUAAACAUGAAGUCACAAUCCUAGGAGGACUCAAUGAAUUUGUAGUGAAGUUCUAUGGACCACAAGGAACACCGUAUGAAGGUGGCGUGUGGAAAGUUAGAGUGGACCUUCCUGACAAAUACCCCUUCAAAUCCCCGUCUAUAGGAUUCAUGAAUAAAAUUUUCCAUCCCAACAUUGAUGAAGCGUCAGGAACUGUAUGUCUAGAUGUAAUUAAUCAGACUUGGACAGCUCUCUAUGAUCUUACCAAUAUAUUUGAGUCGUUCCUGCCCCAGUUGCUGGCCUAUCCCAACCCCAUAGAUCCCCUUAAUGGUGACGCGGCAGCCAUGUACCUUCACCGACCAGAAGAAUACAAACAGAAAAUUAAAGAAUACAUUCAGAAAUAUGCAACAGAAGAAGCACUAAAAGAGCAGGAAGAAGGGACCGGAGACAGCUCUUCAGAGAGCUCCAUGUCUGACUUUUCAGAGGACGAAGCCCAGGAUAUGGAAUUGUAGUAGAAGCAGCGUCCUGCUUUUCGGAAAGACUGACUUCCUAACCAUGCGCUGAGAAGCAGACUAUAAUAUUCAUAUUUAAACAAAGCAAUUUUUUAUUACUAAACAAGGUUUUUAUGAAUAAUAGCAUUGAGAUAUAUAUACAUAUAUAUAUAUCACCCUUUAGUUCUUGAUUUUUUUUUUUUUUUUGGUCAUUUCUCAGAGCCCAAAAUGCAUUGCCGUGCAUUUCCGACAUUCCACUUGGUAGCAAUAUGAACCUGGGUGCAUGCUUGCAUCCAUUCAUAAUUCCAUUUCAGCUGAGUCAACCCUAAGCUGCUGCUUUGCUCGGAAGAGGGUCUGGAUAUUCCCUUUUUUUUUUCCUGGUUUUUCUUUUUUCUUUCCUUUUCUUUCCUUUUUUUUUUUUAGUUAAGCGUUCCAAAGACAGCAGACACCCUUGGAUGCAAACGUGGAACAGCACUUUCAGAAUGUAAAGGAGAAAUAUGGAGGGGGGGGGAUAAAUGAUGGAAAGAUGAGGCAGUGAAGUCAACGGUGCUCCUUCAUUUCAACUUGGCUGCGUACACUUUUGGAGUUCAUCUUUUUUUCUUUAAAAAAAAAAAAGUCCACCAACUGAAGGCAUGGAGCUCUCGAAGUGUCCGAUUUUUACAAAGCAGCGGUGAUUCUGAGGAUGCUUCUUUUAAUGGACUUCCUGUCUGCUUAGACUGGUGAUGGUAGCGAUGGCGGUGGUGGUAUCUAGUUUGCUUGGGGAAACUUUCGAAAGCCGGCGUCUCAAGGAAUAGUCGCCUCGUUCCUCUGGAUCCGCAGUCUGUCUCCCUUCUCUCCUUAAGGGAGCCCUGCCCAAGGGUGGGGUAGCUAACUCGGAGUACACUGAACCCAAUCCAUUCUGGUCCCCUUGUCCAAACCACCAGCAGUAGUAAUUCUACACACACACACACCCUCUCGCUCUCUUGAUGUUUCUGCAAACACUGUCAAGGUGAACUUCAAUAAGAGCUUUCUGACCGGGUGGAUUUGGCCAAGUGCUCCGAGCCUGGGAAAGGUUGCGUUGGCGCUUGUGGUCCCUGGUCACAAUUUCCUCCUCGCCCCACCCUGCCCCCUCCCCGUGCCCGUGCUUGCCA